AUGAACAACAACGAUAAUAGCGUUAAAGUACAUCGUGCAUCCACACAAACGAGGACGUCUGAACAGAGGGCUCCAACAUUCGAAUACAUUCCUCAUGACCAGCUCCUCUCGCUAUUCGAACAGAAAAAGGGAACACAGUACUUUAUCCCCGAAGGAUUCGAACCGGUUCUGAUCCCAAGUGGAACUCAAGGACCGGCUCCAAGGGGUGGGUCAAAUACAGCCAAGACAACGAAACCAAAGAAACCGCCGAGACCACCGAAUGCUUUUAUUCUCUAUCGACGAAGCAAACAGCCUCAAAUUGUCGCAGCGAACGAAGGUAUCUCUAAUAACGAAGUAUCGAAGCAAAUAGGGGAAAUGUGGCACAAGGAACCUCUCGAGGAAAAACUCAAGUACCAGCGCCUGGCCGACGAAGCGAAAUUGGAACACAUGAAGAAAUAUCCCGAAUAUAAAUAUCGACCACGACGGCCGCAUGAGAAGCGCCGCCGAACCAAGCGCACACCUGCGCCGACGACGGAUAGUAAUAACUCUUCCGCAACUCGAAGAGCUUCUAUAGAUACAGUGGCCACGGUAGACAGUAACGAGUAUGACUCCCGACGAGGUUCCCUUGCAUCCAUUGACGAGACCAUGGCAAUGUUUGAAAUGGAACCGAUAUUCGAGACUGCUCCGGUGGCAGUCUCGACUUCGGAAUCACCCGACUAUGUUUGUGUUGACACCGCUUUUGACAUAGGAAAUUUGUCGACGAUGGUGGAUAGUGUUACUCCCGAAAACGAGAUGAUUGCAGCGUACGGGUACUUUGAAUAUCAGCCAAAUGGAUUUGGGUAUUAUGGAUAUGAUGAGUCGGAUUUUGGAUUGUUCCCCUCGGUCAAUGAGCAUCUGUUUGAACAGCAGCCUUUGGCUACUUUUGACAUUUAA